UCAAAAGUACCAAUCAUACAUAUGUCUGUUUACUAAUACCAGUUUCAAAAAGUUUCUGGUGUAACCUUCUCAGCAUUUAAAUAUAAAAUGCAUUUAGGCCUCUAUGUUGCUCAUUUUCUAUUCAGUUAAGUUCCAACUUCCAACAAAAGUGACCAGAAUUGUCAAGAGUCUGGUGAUUGUUUUGCAUUUUGGGAGAUGGCAUCUUUGGAGAGAUCAAAGAAGAGAGCUCAAUUAUGGCAGAAAGCUAUAGUUCAUUUCUUGUUAUGUUUUCUUAUGGGUUUUUUUACAGGCUUCACUCCAACGCGCAAGUCUUCAAACUUUUCUCACCAUGUUCUUGCCUCGAGUCAAUCAGAACUUUCACCAAAACCCUUGGAAGUGCUGCAUCAACCAAAAACACAAUCCGGGAAUUUUAAUAGAAGUUUGUUGAAUGAGGGCCAUGAGGCUCCAGUGGCAGUGCCAACAAGGUCUAAGGACUCAGAACCAGCAAAAUUCCUGAAAAAAGAAAAAAGAGAGUCUCAGCUGAUUCCUAGAAGACUCGUAAUUAUUGUUACUCCAACAAGCGCGAAAGAUCAUCUUCGUGGGGUUCUUCUAAGGAGGCUAGCAAACACAUUGAAGUUGGUUCCUCCACCCCUGUUGUGGGUGGUUGUGGAGGCACAGUCAGAUUCAUCUGAAGUAUCGGAAAUACUUAGGAGAACAGGUGUUAUGUAUAGGCAUCUGGUCUUCAAGGAGAACUUCACAGACCUCAAAGUUGAAAUGGAUCAUCAGAAGAAUGUUGCGCUUAAUCACAUUGAGCACCACCGGCUAAGUGGGAUCGUGCACUUUGCUGGACUCUCCAAUGUCUAUGAUCUCAGCUUGUUCAAUGAGAUCAGAUCAAUUGAGGCAUUUGGGACGUGGCCAAUGGCAUUACUAUCUGCAAACAGAAAAAGGGUGAUCGUCGAAGGACCUGUAUGUGAUUCUUCAGAUGUCAUAGGAUGGCAUUUGAGACGAAGGAACAACCUAAAAGACACAGACACAAGAUCUCCAGUUCAUAUCUCAAGUUUUGCCUUCAAUAGUUCCAUUCUCUGGGAUCCAGAAAGAUGGGGUCGCCCUUCAUCGGUUCAAGAUACCUCGCAGAAUUCAAUCAAAUAUGUGAAAAAAGAGGUUCUGGAAGAGGAGACCAAAUUAAAGGGAAUCCCAGCCAAAGGUUGCUCCAAAGUCAUGCUCUGGCGUCUUCGUUCUCCAAUAGAAACAUCAUAAAACUACAUUUCCUGAAGAUUUCAUCGGACGGUGGUCAGUGACAGCAGAGAAGAGGUCAAGAAAAUGAAAGAGCAUAGGGGAUAUAAGUAACUGCUGCAGAAAAUAUGAUCCCCUGAUAAAAAAAAAAAAAUAAAAAAAAUAAAAAAAAUCACAAAUAUAUAAAAGAAUAGCAUUAUUCUCUUUUCUUGUGAUGGUUUUAUUAUUUAGAAUGGCUCUUUCUUGGCACUCGAAUCUAGAGUAUUAAUUUUUACAAUCAACAUGAUUGGUGAUUUUUUGUAGAAUUUUAUUGCUUUUUGUUAAGUUCUGUAGAAGUUAUUGUGAUCCUAAUUUAUGGCAUGAAAUCAACCAGCAAUAAUGUUUGUAUCAUCUAAUUAUUUGUGAAGGAAAUUACACUUCAUUGCUUAUAA